GAGAGAGAGAGAUUUUCAUCCAACCUCCGUUUUUUUCCAGAGCCUAUCUCUGCUCCACGGCUCUGCUCAGCUCCCUAUUGUUUAAACAGGGAGGGAAAAAAGAACACUCCGCUUGUUCUGUAACCGCAGCCAGAGAGUCUUCUUUUUGUUGUUGUUGCUGCUCGAUCUUCGCCGCUCUGAAUGCUGUAUCCACCGUCAACUUCUCCGGUUUCUCCACUUAAGACUUGCGCUGCAUCAUGAAUAGUUUGGGGGCACCUUUCAAUCGCAUACCUCUGGAAUGGUGGGGAUUACACGGCCGAAACCCGGAGAGCAUGUAAACGCAAAUGGAGUUUGGGAUUUAUUGCAAAAUAAGGGAAAGAUGACCGUCUUCUCGUUGUGCUUGCUCUUGUGCGCAGACCUACUGGAUUUAGCCGUCGGAUAUUUGACAGUUACCAUAGAGCCCCUGCCUCCUGUUGUCGUGGGAGAGACUGUUACUCUCAAGUGUAACUUCAAAACUGACGGAAGGCUUCGAGAGAUUGUUUGGUACAGGGUCACAGAUGGAGGGACCAUCAAGCAGAAAAUCUUCACCUACGACGCUAUGUUUAAUACCAAUUACUCUCACAUGGAGGACUACCGCAGGCGCGAAGAUCUCGUGUACCAAUCAACCGUCCGGCUCCCGGAGGUACGGAUCUCAGACAACGGACCUUACGAAUGCCAUGUGGGCAUCUACGACCGGGCAACGCGGGAGAAGGUUGUCCUGGCUUCAGGGAAUGUUUUUCUCACUGUUAUGUCGCCUCCGAACAACAUAUCAGUGGUGGCAGAGAACACUCCAGCCCCAUUCAGUCGAUACCAAGCGCAGAAUUUCACUCUCGUCUGCACUGCAAAAGGAGGGAAACCAGCCCCAUCGGUGUACUUCAAGCGUGAUGGCGAGCUGAUAGAGGUGAUCUCCUACACUCAAUCCUCCAGUGAGCAGGGUGGCGGCUCAGCGGGCGUGAGAGGAGCCAGGCCGCUCAUCAGCAGGGACCUCGAUGACACCAAAAUGCAGCGUUCCCUCUCCCUUCUGGACCCCGAAGGGCGGGUGCCCCGUCUGUACACAGAGAGCCCCCAGCGUGUCCACACCCAAGGCCAGCAGUCCUACGAGCCCAGCCCUGCGACAGAGGUCAUCCCAGAGACGGUGGUGAGCCGGGAGUUCCCCCGCUGGGUGCACAGCACAGACCCUCUCUACUACUUCAGCCACACUAACAUCCCCCAGAGUGAUGGCUCCGUUGUGGUGCAGGCCCGACUCACCUGGACCCUCAACCCUCAGCUGGAUAAUGAUGCCCUGUUCAGCUGCGAAGUCAAGCAUCCAGCCCUGUCCAUGCCCAUGCAGACAGAGAUCACCCUAGCUGCUCCUAAGGGUCCUAAACUCUUCAUGUCCCCUACUAGAGCAAAGGUAGGGGACACAGUGCGCAUCACUGUGCAAGGAUUCCAGGUAGGAUCGCCUGGGAAUGAGGUGUUCCCCGAGCCGCUCUUCACCUGGACGCGAGUGGGGGGCCGCCUGCUUGAUGGCAGUGCCGAGCGAGAUGGGAAGGAGCUGAUUCUGGAGAGAGUGCCAGCCGAGCUCAACGGCUCCAUGUAUCGCUGCACGGCCCAGAAUCCUCUGGGGUCCACGGACACGCACACUCGCCUCAUAGUCUUUGAAAAUCCAAGCAUGAUGAAAAACACACAGAAUCAGAACAAUGGAGCUUCACGCGUGGACAUGCUCGGGCUAACGUGGAUGGCACUUGUCCUCACAGUGACAGUGGAACUCACGUGAAACCUCUCAUCCGAGACACUCUCACGCUGACACGUACACACACAUACUCGCCCUUCUUACACAACAUCCACAAAUGCACACAGAAACUGACACACACACACACACUUUCCACAAACCCUGCAAGCCUUCUCCAGUCAUCAACAGGCUCUCCAUGCGUCAGUCGAUCAGGAAACAGUGCUAUCUCAGGAUGGUGCUCCACUGUUUUUUUUUUUUUUUUUUUUGUAAUGAAAUAAAAACCAAGAUAAUGAUAUGAAAAGAACAACGUGAUGAACAUGACAAUAACCACCCCCUAUAUAGCCCUGCCCAUUUACACCCUUUUUUGUUUCCUGUCCCACGUCUGCCUGUUGAUCAAUAAAAUCUGAUGAGUUGAAAUGGAAAAAGAAAAAAAAAA